CCCACUGUCCGACUUGACCACAACAUCAACAUCAACAUUGUUUAUGAGGGAAGUAAUUUUCCUCCUCAAAUUUUUUGAAUCAAAAAACUCUAUAUCCAACUUCCUAUCUCUUAAUCAGCUUCUAUAGGAUGCAGUCUUUUGUUGAGACAGAARUCGAGAAGUUUUAUCGAACUACACAGCUACGUGAGCCUCCAAUAAAAAACCCGUUCAAACAUCGUUUGCAUCUGACAUGGAGCAAAAAAAUUGAGCUAUUUUUGGGUUUCUUGUUCAUAUUUCCCAUUCGUUUUCCCAUUUUUCUUAUUGUUUUUGUGUCUGUGCUUUUUUGGAGUCUGGUGAUAGCACAUGGUGCAGAUCGGUAUGACUAUAAAACACCUCUUCCAACCUGGAAAAGAAAGAUGAAGAAAGUCUUGCAGCUUCACACCAGAUUACUUCUUUAUAUCAGUGGCUUUCAUAAAGUGCGAAUAAAAGGAAAGUUAGCCUCGCCAGAGGAGGCUCCCAUCGUUGUGUUCGCUCCUCAUUCAUCAUUCAUGGAUACCUUGUUGUUGAGUGUAGUUGAAAUGGUACCUUCUGGGUUAUCGAAAAUAGAAAACCUGCAAAGCCCAAUUACUGCACCCCUGUUAAUGGCAAUAGAGUCAAUUGGUGUCAGAAGAGAGUGCCCUAAAUCAAGRGUGCAGUCUCUUGAAGAUGUCAAAUACAGAACACUGACAACAAGAGGACAGUGGCCUCAUCUGCUGAUCUGUCCUGAAGGUAAAAUACGUUUACUAAAUAGAGCAUUCAUACCUGGUUGUCCAGUCCAGCCAAUCUGUGUCAAAUACAUCAGUAAACCAGAUAUCUAUUCCUGGGUGUAUGAUGGACCAACUGGAUUGCACCUUUUCAUGAUGAUCAUGUGUCAGCUGUAUCAYGAAGCCGAGCUGGAGCUGUUGCCURUCAGGACACCAACACAAAAGGAGCUUGAGAACCCUAAGUUGUUUGCAGAUAAUGUGAGAGAAGAAAUGGCAAGAUGCCUUGGUGUCCCUACAACAGGGCACUCCUUUGAAGACUGCAUCCUGAUGAGUAAAGCAAGUGAACUGGGCCUACCUGAUGAUGUGGCUAUAGUUGAAUAUCAGAGCCUUUCGAAAACACUUGGGAUAAAUUUAGAUUACAUGAAAGACCAGCUUGAGACGUUUGCUGUGAUAGAUACUGAUAAAGAUGGUAUCAUUACACUUGAUGACUAUGCCAAGUACCAUGAUCUGCCAAUUUGUAGUCCACUUAAACUACUCUUCUCUGCAUUUGAUCCUCAAAACUCUGGUCAGGUGACAUUCCUUCAAUAUCUGAUUGGAAGUACUUGCUUGAAGAGAAUGGCAUCACAGGGAAAAUUGUACRACAACACAUUAAGGAUGUUGCACAAAUACAGCAAGCCUGGGAAGAAGAUGGCAUCAGUUAUCCAGCAGAAGAUAAUAGACUGUGCGCUGCAGUGUAUUGAUGAUAUGUUUGCUAACAAUAAUUAUGUCAUGAGCAGAAAUGAUGAACUGAAUGAAUUUCUUUCAUUUCAUUCUGAAUUUACUGUGCUACUUUCAUUGUUGGAGAACAUGGAUUCUAGUGAAGCUGCAUAAUARUGCUGUGGCCAUUAUUGGUAUACAACAAAUUGGAAAAAAACAUUGUUAGGUUGAAAAAGCUCAUCAAAGCAAAGAACGGGGUGUGUUCUGGGUAAACAGUUUUGCACCUCUCAACAUUGAUUCAAGUUACCAAACAAAGUAUUUUGUCACUCUUGAAUGUGUCAGUAUGCAAACACUCAAUGCACAGGAAUAUCAACUAACCUAGAAUACCGUCUCAAUUAGCUUCACUUUUCAACCCAACGGUUUUUUAAUUUAYUGUAUGUCAGUGCAUUUAACUAAAGGUCCUAAUCACAAUUACCUCAACCUUCACAAGUCAGGCCCAAUCAAAAAAUUAAUGGAAACAAAUUGAAUUCAAAAAUAACUUUUUUAUGAUAUAUAUACGUGCAUGGUGGGCUGCAUUGAUUACAGCGCUUUUGUAAAUACUCCCUGUCCACCCAGCUCCCCAUUUCUUUUAUGAAAUUUUGCAAGAAUUAAGCCCCCCUCAAAUCUCAGCUCGGCAGCUUUUAUAUUGGCGUUUGUUUAGUUUUGAAUCUUUAGUGAGAUUUUUUUACUGAUUUCAUAACAGUUUCAAAGGCCCAGCAUGAUUAUAUAAAUUAGAUAUUGAAAUCGAAAUUUAAAUGGAAGUAUUGGAAAAUCAAUUUCUAUUUAGCAAUAACGUUUGCAUUGGGGUAGUACAGUUCAUUAGGAAAUUUAAUCUAGAAAUUUUGUUUGACAUAUGGUUUUCACUGGUUUAAUUUGGGUACACUUAACUCUUACUAGAUAUAAAGGCCCCAUCCACACGUAUCCGGAAAUUUUUGUAUCCGCAAAUUAUUUUUUGCAGAUAAGAAAAUGUUUGCGUCCACACGCAGCAUAUUCAAAUUGUUUUCACCGUCCACAGGUAUCCGUUUUCGUAAAAUUUGAGGAUAUGGACACAAAAAUUUGUAUCCAUAAAAAAAAAUUGUGGAUACAAAAAUUUGCGGAUACAUGUGGACGGGGCCCUAAUGUAUUUCGUUCAAAAAAAGAUAUGAAAAAUCCAGAUUAAUUUAUACCAUUUAUUGUAGAUAUACAAAUGAACUAUAAAGCAAUAUCUAACUAAUUAAAAGUAAAGCAGACUUUACAUCAUGAGUCUGAUAACUAUUUCUUAUACAAAUUGAUCUACGAAUUAAAAAGAUGUGCUUAAGGUGGCUGCCUACUUUUGAACGUUCGAUUUGAGCCCACGAUGUGCGCGCGCUCAAAAACCGGUGAAAAAUCUACAAGAUUUUAUUGAAGAACCAUACGCGUUUUGAGCUUCAACAGGGCAAA